CGGAAGUAGCAGGAAUAAACAACACAGACAAGAUGGCAUCGCUGCCGGGAGCAGGUGAUACAGGAAAUAGUAGUGAUCAGAUCAUAGAAGUCGGAGCUCUUCUGUUAAAAGAUUUCAUCUAUGAGCAAGUUCAGCGCCAUGGAGAGUGCAAUGCUGUCGUGACCAGAGAACAGCUGGGUGGACGAGAGUUAUGUGAUCCAAACCACAAGAAGCUUGCCCUGUGCUUACAAAGGAUUGGAGAUGAGCUGGAUAACAAUGCAGAUCUCCAAAGGAUGAUAAAUGAUUCUUCGCUCUGUCCCACACAAGACGUGUUUAUGAAAGUGGCCAUUCAGAUCUUCUCAGAUGGAAAGUUCAGCUGGGGAAGGGUGGUUGCACUCUUCUACUUUGCUUGCCGACUGGUCAUCAAAGCUCUUGUAACCAAAGUUCCUGAUAUCAUCACCAUGAUUAUCCGGUGGACGAUGGACUACCUCCGUGAACAUGUGGUCAACUGGAUCAGGGAGCAGGGUGGCUGGGAAGGCAUUCGCGCCUACUUUGGGACGCCCACGUGGCAGACGGUGGGGGUUUUCUUAGCUGGUGUUCUCACCACUGUUAUUGUCAUUCGCAAGAUGUGAGGAUUCAAGGAGCUGUCAGGUGAUUGAAAAGAAGAACUGUAAGGGAGAGAAAUGGGAAGAAGGAAUCAAGGAACACCCGAACAUCAAGAGGUUUUGGUGAACAAGUCUAACUGGAAGAACUUGCAUUUGGACACAAGGAGCUUCACUUCUGCUACUCCGUUGUGUUUCAGAACUGGGAGUUGGACUGAAUAGUUGGGCUACACUCCUUGUACCAGUGGAAUUGUGAGCAGUGCAUGAAUACGUGCACACCAUGGGGGUUCAGAGGUCAGAGGUGACCAAGAAAACUUUUAAUUUAUUUUUUACUUAGACAAGUCACUGCAUUCUGUUUAUCCUGGCCUAAUUGCUGAUUAAUUUUUGGCCCAGAGUUUUUUUUUUUUCUUGUUCUUUCUUUCUUUUAUUUUUAAUCACACACUUGCUUUUUGCUCAACUCUUUCCCCAACUUCUCACCCUCUGUCCACUUGAUGUGUGUGAACUUUAGAAUCCAUCUUCAUACAUCUGCGUGUUCUCUUGUGCAAAUCUGUGAUAAUCUGCUGUUGUCAUCAUAAGUGUUCAAGGAUAAACCGUUUUUAAAACAAUCAGGAAACUAAGAUGACAUGAAGAUGAGACCUUUGCCAGUAUAUGUAUAUAUUUUUAUUAUUCCUCAAAUUAAGCUGUUGGUGGUCAUAAUGUCGGCAGUAUAAUGAGGCAUAAUGUCAUAGCAUAAAAGUAGUGCUUACUUACCAAGGAGGUAAUGCUUUCGGUGCUAUGUGUCUGUUUGUGGGAUUAUGCAGAAACUGAUUUUCUUGAAAUGCAGUGGAAGUGUGUGGGUGAAUAAGAAAUUUGUAAAGAUCUGUGCAUUAUGUCCACAUAAAUUCAUGGAUCCACUCCUUAAUUGGAAGACACCUAAAAAGUUUAAUUUCAUUGGACCAUGCCCUUCUCUUUCACUAGGUUUCAAGAAAAAAAGCAUAGUCCUUUUUGCAUAAUACUGGGAAUUAUUCCCUCAUAGCUAAAGAGAGAUGUCUGAAGAGUUAAUGGAGGUUUACUAACAGUCAAAAGUAUGGAUGCAUUUUUUUUCUGUUCUGUAAAAAUGCUUCCAAACUUUUGACUGGUACUGUGAUCUCAGAGCACUCUAAUUGUAAAAUGUUACUACAUUUAAGUCAUAAAUAAUAAAUAUUAAUAUAAUAAAAAUAAAUACUACAUAAAUAGAUUCAGUCGAAAUUAUACAUUUAAAAUCCUAAAGCUAAUCCCAUUUCCCAUUCUGUGCAUCAUUUGCUACCAUUUAGAAUUUAACCAAAACUGUCUUAAUGUGGAUGUGACUAAAACUGAAAGUAAUAUUGGUUUAUUGAAUUGGGGUGCAGUUGACUUAUUGCUACUGUAAUUACACUUACUGGAUUUGAUUAGUACUUUAUUGUGAACUGUUUUUUUGUGUGUGUGUGUGUGUUUCAAAUUCAUUGCUCUGCAGAAAGCACCGGACUGCACACAUGCUUACCUCAUGUCACACACAGUACUAUAUUUUUGAAAUCCAUUUGUCCAACUAUAAUCGUAUCCAGUCAAGUCCUUUUUAUACUUUUUUGUUUGUCAGUGCCUUUUAAAAAAAAAAAAAACUGAAAUCACUUUGAUAAACUGAAAUGUUCACCUUUUCUAUCACAAUUGUAAAGCUGUAACUUGUUUCAGAACUGUUUUUUCAGUGACUGUUGUAAUCUGAGGGAAAAAAAGAAUAAAUCUUUUAUGACUUUC